ACUCUCCAUCAUUUGCUUCAUAAAGGGAUUGUAGCCCACUUGAUCAGUGGAUGUUAAGUCUCCCAUCUGAAGACAGGUUGAUUUCUGCCACUAAGGAUUGUGAUUAGUGAAUGUAUUUUCCCCACCACCUCUAAGUUAAUGGUGUGCCAGGGACAGAUGUGAAGCAGCUCUUUCUUUGGAUAUUGAUGUGGUAUCUUGUUAACACAUCACGACACCUUGGGCGCACUGGCAGCACAGGAUAUGGAGGCUCUUGAAGUUGAUGACAUUAGUCCUGCCUUGGAAGUGACUGAAGACUUUUUCAAUAGUCUUGAUACUAAGCUUGAAAAGAUUGUGCAGCCCUCUGAGGUGUAUGGUGUACAGGAGGUCCCAGAACUGGUUGGGCACGAGGUAUUUGAUCAGAUAACAGAGAGCAGGAAUCUGAGGAACGUCGCCUCCUUAGCCAAAAGUAGCUUCAUCUGGGACCACUGCAAAAAUGGCCUCUUGGAAACCAAAGCUCAGACAGCGUUCCCUGCCAAAGAUCAGCGGGUGGUGCAGAGGGGAACAGCUGCUGACAACCUUGCUUGGGCAGGGGAAGGGGAGACCACAACUUUUAACAUCUUCAAUAUCUGCCAACGGAGGAGAGACAGGCCUCGCUCGGUGAAUGACAUCCUGGUGCAGAAUGAGGAAGCCUCCACAUUCAAGCCGGGACACAACAGGUCACGCUCUGAUAUCAGCCAUGUAAACUGGGGAGUGGUCUUCACGGGCACCUCCCUGCAGCAGCCACCUGCGCCUGGUCAGGACAAUAACUGUGCUCUGCUCUCUUACCUGGCGUUAACCAAGGGAGAGGACAUCCAAGGAAACACAGAACACAAGCCAAUGUUCCCAAAUAUUCUGAAGAAGGGAUACUUAGAAAUUAGAAGAGACAAUGAGAGUCACUGGCAAACCUGUUACGCUGAGCUCUCCCCAUACAAACUGUACCUGUAUUGCUUGGACAGCAGUGGCAACCAGACCCUUCCCACUGUGUAUCCACUCAUGCAUUUUCAAAGGGUCACUGUUACUGGCUGCAUUGAAACCAAGGUGGUGGAUGCUGUCCUGUCAGACAACUCGCAGCUACAGCUGAAGGCAGAGUCCUCAUGGGAGGCUUUGGACUGGGGACAGAAACUCUGGGAAGUGGUACGUGCUUCUGUGCCUGCUUUCACAAGACAGCAGGAGAAACUGGAGAAUGUGCCAAAGCUUGAAAAUAACAGUGAGCUUUCUCAAACGAAUGGAUUGUUAGAGAAGCCUGUGGACCUCUUCCUAUCCAUGAAUUUGACUGAAAACACUAAAGAGUACCAAAAUAUCCUCAAAUCAGGGACUCUGUAUAGGUUAACCAUCCAGAAUAACUGGAAAGCCUUUACUUUUGUCUUGAACAGGUCUUAUCUGAUGGCAUUCCAACCGGGUAGGCUUGAUGAAGAUCCUCUGCUGAGCUACAAUGUCGAUGUGUGCCUGUCAGUCCAGACAGAUACUCAGGAUGGCUGUGACUCUUGCUUUCAGGUCAUCUUUCCUCAAGAUGUUCUCCGCCUGCGUGCAGAGACCCGUCAGAGGGCCCAGGAGUGGAUGGAGGCACUGAGAGCAGCAGCCAAUGCUACUAGAAGUUUAACUCAGAAUCCACAGGUCACGCUCAGGAACAAACCUGGAGAUUGGCCAUUUGGAAACAAUGUUAGAAAAAGCAAGCGCCAGUCUGUGACCACCAGUUUCCUGAGCAUCCUGACCACCCUGUCCCUAGAGAGAGGGCUCACAGUUCAGAGCUUUAAGUGUGCAGGCUGUCAGCGCUCCAUAGGCUUGUCCAAUGGGAAAGCCAAGGUGUGCAGCUACAGUGGAUGGUAUUACUGCAGCACCUGCCACGUGGAUGACAGCUUCCUCAUCCCUGCACGGCUGGUUCAUAACUGGGACACUUCCAAAUACAAGGUAUCAAAGCAAGCCAAAGAGUUCCUGGAAUAUGUUUAUGAGGAGCCAUUGAUUGAUAUCCAGCAGGAAAAUCCCAUGUUGUACAAGCAUGUUGAACCUCUGGCAACUGUUGUCCGCCUGAGACAGCAGCUGAAAUCUCUCCGAGCCUAUUUGUUCAGCUGCAGAGCAGCAGUGGCCGAAGAUCUGCGUAGAAGGAUCUUUCCCAGAGAGUAUCUUCUCCAGCAAAUCCAUCUGUAUUCUCUUGCAGACCUUCAGCAGGUUAUUGAAGGAAAGCUGGCUCCUUUCUUGGGGAAGGUGAUCAAGUUUGCCACCUCUCACGUGUACAGCUGCAGCCUUUGUAGUCAAAAGGGUUUCAUCUGUGAGAUUUGCAACAAUGGAGAAAUCCUUUACCCCUUUGAGGACAUUUCUACAAGCAGGUGUGAAAGCUGUGGUGCUGUCUUCCACUCUGAGUGCAAAGUGAAGGCUGUACCAUGCCCCAGGUGUGUGCGUAAAGAAUUGCAGAAGAAGCAGAAAUCCUUCUGGAGGCAACUGAAUAUGGAUGAAAACUUCGAGGAGUCUUGCAACAUGUUUGAGUUGUCAUAUCAGAACACAUGAGUUCUUUAAAGAAGUGGCCAGCCUGAAGUGAAUCCCUUUCCCAGCUGCCAGCUCAAGCCAGGCAGAAGUCUUUUGCAAAAUACUAUCUGACCUUUUUCAUCUGUGAAUAGCAGCUGCCAAAGUGGCCAUAAAGCCUUGUUGGCUUUGAAAUACCAAUGGCUAAACUGCAUUUUGCGUUGAAGUCCAGCCACUAGCUCUCAUACAAAAUGUGGUUUACUUGAAAUGCUUUAGGUCUAGCUAAUUAAGCACCCAACUUUUUCUUUUCCACCUCUGGAGAAGACUUUUCCUCAAGGCAGAAAGUAUUUUCUGCCAUGACCACAUUAUUUUUUAUGUUGUUCAUUUAGAAUUGAUGAAUCAUCUACUUAUUUAUGUGUAUUAUUUAUUUAUUACUAGCCUUGGCAGAGGUUCUGGUGAGGUGUUUCACAGAAUCCAAUAGGCCAGGAAUGAUUUUAAACCCACCUGCUCCUUCUGAUGUGGACACGUGGUUCCAUUUCCUCUGUUUCCAGAGAGCUAUAUUUAAAGGAUCAGUGCAUUUACAUAUCACUCUGAGGAAAGAAAAGUAUCUCCCAUCAAACCUUAUUUGGGGUGCUUACAAACAGAAGACGCAGAAUAAUUCCUUCAGCUGUGUUUAUAGAUUUAUAACCACCCCAGUGAACUAUUCCAUACACAGAUAAGCAGGGGACUUGCUACUGUUCUUGUUCAGGCUGCGUAUAUUGGUUAAGCUCUGUCACUGAAGUCCAUUAAGUUUUGCGCUGGUUAUUUUUGCUCUGUGUGAGGCCACAUCUUCAUCUCCGGUAACGUGGUGUUGGUUUUUACGUCCUACUAGUCUCACGUUUUAAGGCAUUUUACAUGUUCACAUUGGUUUUGGUUUUAUUUUGUGAAGUUUGCUUCAAAUGUCUCUCUAACCUGAAGCUGUUCGACCAAUAGUAAGGAAAGUGGUCUUGCCCAUGUUAGUUAGAAAGUACCUCCAAAACUGUGAAACACUUGUUUGCUGUGUUCAUGUCCUGCGUUCUCUGCAAGCUCUAAGGGCUUUUAUACUUCUGUAGUGGUGGAGAGCGAAGUUCCUUGAGGUAUGGUUCUGCGCCACACACCUGGAACACAGGGAAACGUUAAACAUGGUGAAUUACGUACAUUGUGAAAGGGGGGUACGUGAUGGAUUUAACUGCAGAGGUGUUAUGUCAUCACUAGCAGUAUGUUUAAUUCGUUGUGGCUUCACCUCCUGUGAGCACUUAGGGAUUGUCCUCCCUCCAGUCCACAUUCUUAACUCUUUCUCCAGACCCUGCAGCAAUAUGUGUAUUGCAUACAUAUGAAAGCAUACACACACACACACACACACACACACACACAUAUAUCUGUAUAAUGGUUUCAGGAGAAAAAAGCCAGUCACAUGCAUGUGUAUUUUUCCUCUCCUCUCACGUAGGUUUGUGAAAAUGCAGAAUACUGAUCUUUGCUUCCUAUAUAAUCUGUAGGCUGUUGUAUUCAAGGCAGAAAACAGUCUUGAUCAUUGAAGCACCUCACUAAUUGCUAAAGUAUUUUAAAUAAAAGAACAGGGUAAAUCAUGCUUACAUUAAAAGGUAGAAUGCUACAACAAAUUUCCUUUUACUGGAGUAUAAGAGGCUUUUCCAGCCUCCAGUCAAAGAAAGUAGCUGAAUCUGAGCUUUCUCAAAUUUGAAUGCAACUCUAUAUAUAUAUAUAAGCAUGUUUAUAUCUGUAUACAUUAGACAACCAGUGCCUUUCUUUUCCAAAGUCCUUCUCUCAGUGGGAUUCUUUGGAAGGAAGUGAGGGUUUUUCCGUGUUCUUGGCAAAGUAGUAUAGGGUUCCUCAUAUUUAAUAAACCUGGUGAAUCAUGCACCUUUGUCACUGAAAUUAAUACUUCAACUCACUGUUCCUCAUGUGAAAUGAGUUGCUUUUGGCUAUCAUCCUUAACGAUACAAUGUUCCUUGCAAGUCCAUUCCCAUGUGAAGAAUUCCCUGCAUGUUCACAAAUGCAAACACUGGGUAUGUAUUGUGGAAUUAGUCAUGCAAACAGGAACUGCAGUGGUACUGGCUGAAUAAACAGUACGCUCCCAUGUUUUUCAGCAUGUGUCACUACAGCUAGUCUUGUGGCAAAGCCAGUAGCUCUGAAAGCAUCAGAAUCUGGCAGGUACUAUUUUGAAUUAGUUCUAGACAUAAUGGUGGGUCAUUAAAAAAAAGCAAUAUUUUUCAUAUCAUUAUGCUUCGGUAUUUGAGAUACCUUAUAGCACUGAUUCGUGUCCAGUUCGGUUUAGAGAAGGGUGCUUGUGUACACUGUCAAAAACCUAUGGAGUCAAGGAGUCAAGGUUCAGACAUUGCAAACUGUUAGUUACUUUGAUAGAUGCCCUGAUCUCCAAAGUACUGGUUGAGCGGGUGGUUAGAUAUUCUAGUUGAAUUCUGGAAUAACAGCAUAGGCAGCAUUGGAGUUACUCUGGGUUUGUACAGGUGUUACAGAGCAGUUUCUUUGCUAACAGAGGUUUACAGAAAAAAAAGUGUAUGAUGUCAGCAAAACUGCUGGAAUUAGUCAUGGGUCUGGAACCACCACUGUUAGGGCAAAGAGCAAAAGUGUGUUCUUAUGAUAUGCUGGCAGCACCCAAAGCUUUAUGUAAAAGGAUACUGUACAAUACGGACCAGAUUCAUUUCUUUAAAAUGUAAUGUUGUUGUAAACAAGCCAGUUCCUAAAAUGGAUACACAUUCACUGAUUUCUACUUUGAAAAAGGAAGAUAGCUUCUCAUGGUUGCUAGAAGAGCAGACUUUAGUGUGGAAGAUGCUUUCCUCUCAGGGAUGCCUAGCUCCUAUCCAAAAAAAGUUAUUCCGUAUGAAUGGGUAAGGUAAAGUCUUCUGUCACUGCUUUUUGUAAGCAUAAUGAAAGGCUUGAUCCUGCCCUCUGAAGGUGCCCGUGCAGUAGAAACAAGCCCUGUUCAUUUUCUGGAGUGCAUGGCAAAAGAAUAAACUGAAACUACUCACAUUACUAACUCUCAAAAAGACCCAACUCUAAAAGGAAAGUUUUCCUGCAAUAGCCAUCUGCUAGCAGGAGAUUCAGCCUGGGGUUCUAUAGGUGGUUUGGGUUUCAGACAACUCUGUACCCUUGCAUGGUUGUCUCUGCUCGUAGUGCUGCAUACUUGUCCCCACUGCUACUCUUUUCCCAUUCUGCAGCCUGUAGCCUGCACGUGGCUCAGCUCUGUGGGCUUCUGGGUGGGCAUCAGCUGGAAAAGUACCUGCGGUCUUUCCAGAUUGCACAACUCUGUCCCCACACACACGAGGUGAAAUUAUCUAUUAGUACUUCUAGACUUGUCCUACCCAUGCAUGAUAUAAAUUUGAACAGUAGCAUUUCAUUGUGAAUCAAGAAUAAAAUGUGCUGUUUGUCUCCUACACAGAGAAGGUGCUUUCAUAGCUGACGGAGGAGGAAUUGAUCUGUACAUCCAGUUACUGCUUUUGCUUGUACAGAACUUGUAAUUGGUGUAGAAAUAGGGCCCUUCGCUGCAAUGGACUAUAGCUGGACCCUAUAUAACUACUUAGAAACUUCCCAUCUCCAUUUAGUUAGUCUAAGAUUAUUUUAAUCUAGGACAUUGUAGAGAUCCUUAUGCGAGUCUUUUUUCCUCUUUACCCUGACUCUCUAGCUUUCCUUUAAUGGGAAGAAGGACCCACCUAAGGGUAUGCAAGCUGCAGCUUUUUUUAUCAACCUAUAAAAAGAGAAAAUUGGAUCUGUUAUGUAGAAAUCUUUCUAUUGCUUUUUUUUUUGUCUGUCUUGGAUGAUGAAAAAUGAUGGGUUUGUGAUGUGACACAAUAUCAUGUCUGACACAUACCAAUAUGAGCUCAUUGCUGGGAUGAUAGGAAUUGGCAGUUGUGAGGAUUUCCUAGAUAAGUGACAGAAGAUACUUUUUGGUGAGGAACUUGAGUUUUUCACAAUACUCCACAGGCUCUGAUGGCCCUGUUAGGAGUUAAUGAUCAGGGUACCUCUAGAGCUACUCUUGUCAAGGCUUCUCUUAAUAUCAGGAUACUGUAUGUAUUAUAAUGGACUGAUGAUGAUGAUGUCCCGAAAG